AUGGAACCAAGACCUAUGUACGUUCUUCUGGGAGUUUUAGCAUUCACGUUUCCCGCAUAUUGCAGAGAUUAUCACGAUGUGAUUUGGAAUUCCAGAUUUUUCCCUCAACAUUUGAAACAUUCUCCUAUGAACGUUCGUCUUGGAGACCAGCUCACUAUCAUCUGCCCAAAAUCAUUUCAUCGAGGAAUGCACUACGAGUAUGCCAAACUUUAUUGGGUUGGGAAGCAGGAUUUUGAUCAAUGCACACACAACACGUACUACACAAAAUUGAUGGGAGUCUGCGCCAAUGAAACUGAAACAACUGCAAUCAAGAUGAUUUUUCAAAAAUAUAACCCGAUCCCCAAUGGUAUCGAUUUUCAAAUAGGAGAAAUCUACUAUAUUGUUUCAACGUCAUCUGGACAUCUUGAAGAUAUAAGUCAACCGACUGGAGGACUCUGUUGGCAGGAAAACAUGAAAUUGGCAAUACGGAUCGUGGGAGAGGAGUUGCCCAGAAUGAAAUAUGAAGUUCAUGACUAUCAGUCUCUUGUAUCCUCCUCUACUUCAUCUCCACUGUCAUCAACCAUGAAUUCUCUCGUGAUAUUGUUUAUUGCUUCUAAAUUUUGA